CCCGGGGCUCACCCGCAGCGGCCCGGCUUUGUUUCUGGGGAGGAGGACCUGGAGCUCUUUUGUUUGGGGGCUUGGUGUUUUCACCCCCCCACACACUCCACACACACCCCAACCUCACCCCACCCCCCGUGCCUCUCCGAUUUCCUGAACUAAGGGCUGCUAAGGGAGGAGAAGCGGCUUCUUGCAACCCCCUCGGCUGGGCCCCGGGGUAAUUCGAUGCGGGCCUGGCCAGGCUCCCCACGCUAGACCCGGGCUCGCGUCUCGGCAGCCUCCACCCACCGGCCCACCCUACAUUUAGCGCAUCAUGUGAUCCGGGAUCAAUGUGACUCUAGAAACAAAUGGAUGAAUAAAUAUCCAUAUGAAGAGGAAAACAAUAAAGAAUCGCAACACCUUCGAGAACAGAAUGCUAAUGCUUGAUGGGAUGCCGGCAGUCAGAGUCAAAACAGAGCUUUUGGAAUCUGAACAAGGGUCUCCAAACGUCCACAACUACCCUGAUAUGGAAGCCGUUCCUCUGUUGCUAAAUAAUGUGAAGGGGGAGCCCCCAGAGGACUCGUUGCCUGUAGAUCACUUCCAAACACAAACUGAGCCAGUGGAUUUGUCAAUCAACAAAGCCAGGACCUCUCCUACCGCCGUUUCAUCCUCCCCAGUUUCCAUGACAGCGUCUGCCUCCUCACCUUCUUCAACGUCAACCUCUUCAUCGUCUUCUAGUCGUCCAGCCUCAUCCCCAACUGUUAUAACAUCAGUAUCUUCAGCGUCAUCUUCAUCAACAGUAUUAUCUCCAGGACCCCUUGUUGCCUCUGCAUCUGGUGUGGGAGGCCAGCAGUUUUUGCACAUUAUUCAUCCUGUCCCACCUUCAAGCCCCAUGAAUUUACAGUCUAACAAACUGAGUCAUGUUCAUCGAAUCCCCGUGGUGGUACAGUCGGUGCCUGUUGUCUACACAGCUGUACGGUCACCUGGAAAUGUGAACAACACUAUUGUUGUGCCGCUUCUGGAGGAUGGGAGAAGCCAUGGCAAAGCACAAAUGGACCCCCGAGGCCUAUCUCCCAGACAAAGUAAAAGUGACAGUGAUGAUGAUGACCUGCCAAAUGUGACCUUAGAUAGCGUUAAUGAAACUGGAUCCACGGCCCUUUCCAUAGCCAGAGCAGUACAAGAGGUACAUCCAUCCCCAGGAUCCAGGGUCCGGGGAAAUCGAAUGAAUAACCAGAAGUUUGCUUGUUCAAUCUCACCAUUUAGUAUUGAGAGCACAAGACGCCAGAGACGAUCAGAAUCCCCAGACUCCAGGAAACGGCGGAUCCACAGAUGUGAUUUUGAAGGCUGCAACAAAGUAUACACAAAAAGUUCUCACCUGAAGGCACACCGGAGGACACACACAGGAGAGAAGCCCUACAAAUGCACGUGGGAAGGCUGCACCUGGAAGUUUGCCCGUUCGGAUGAACUGACCAGGCAUUACCGCAAACACACGGGAGUGAAGCCAUUCAAGUGUGCGGACUGUGAUCGCAGCUUCUCCAGGUCAGACCACCUGGCACUGCACCGCAGGAGGCACAUGCUGGUGUGAGGAAGGCUCCAGUCCAGCCGGGCAUAAGAGCUGGAUCUCUUAGCAGCACCCAACUCAGCAGGGCUGAGUCCCCUCCACAGUGUUAACGUCAAGGACACCACCAUCCCACGGUGUCUGAAACCAGAGCAGGAACAAGAAGGAACCCUUCUCCUUUCGGCCUGAAGGUAACCCCCCAUCAUGACCACGUGAGAGCCGUCUGCAAUCACGCUGGCCUGGGAGUUCCGCGCCCCAGGUCCUGAAGAGACAGGCUUGUUGUUUUCCAUGCUAUGUCCUCUGCCAUUGAAAAGAUGUUUGUGGCUUGUUCGUUUUCCAAGCUGGCAGACACUUUGCUAUCAGUCUCUUAAAGGUCAUCUACUGCAAAUUGAUGGCUAGAACAAGACCUUUUCAAUUUGGAUGAUUCUCCCAUCACACCCCCUUCAAAACCCUUUUGACAGAAUUCAGUUCGUAUCUCAGUAAGCUAGAACACACAUCCAGUCUGUUACCAGCAUGAACUUAGAAAGGAAGAGGCUGUUGGAGAGGUUCCAUUACCUGAAAAGAAAGGCACACACAAGUAGCCCUCUGCAGUAGAGAUGGCAGCCCUAGAUAUCGCUCACAACUGUCCUCAUGCCAUCCCCUGAAGAGAACCAACAUCCAACCUUUCAUUUGUUUGUCGUUGCUUGUGUUUGUUCUGUUUCAAUUCUGUUUUGUUCAUCUGUUCUAGCAGAGGGGCAGCACCAUUUCAGUUGAAGUCUGGUCCCACUCUCUGCCCUGCCGUGGACAGGCAGAGGUGUUCUGUAGUUGAAUAGGAAGAGCCUGUCUUUAAAAAAAAAAAAAAAAAA